UUCAGUUUGAAGCCCUGAUCCCAGUCUGUUGAGAGGUGUCAACUCUGUUGAGGCAUCCGAGUGCCUCCCAGGUGUCCCAACAAUCCCUCAGACUAACCCCUAAAAGGCUUCCAUCUGAUGGAGACUCUCACAGCCUCGUCAGUUUCCCGCAGGCCUCCAGUGCUCCAGUUCUUCAGAAACCUCUUUGGCGGCAGCAGGCGUGUCACACAAGAGGGUCAAACACCCAAGGCAAAAGUUCCCAAAGAAAAAGAUGAUCAGCUCCUGGAGCGUUCUGGGCAGGCUGAGAGUGAGGCGAUGUUACUGGGCAAAAAGCUAAUCACUACCAAGAUUUCUCCCAGUGAGGUCCAUGAGGGCAUGAUGGAGCAACACAGCAAAGGACCAUCACUGCUGAAGGAAACAGCUUUUGAAAACACCACCCCGGCCUAUGAGAAUAAGCUUUCUGAGUUACUUAACUCAACUGAGUUAGAGGUGGGAGAUGCUGAUGGUUUUGCUGGCUCCAUGAUACAUCAGCUGGUCCAGCAUCCAUGUGAAAAAGUCCUUGUCGCAGGAGCAGAAAAAGAAGAGUCUAGUGACAGUGAAACACUAGCAGAGGAUGGGACCUCUCAGCUUCUGUGUGCAGAUGAUGGAGUCUCUAUGGCUGCAGGAACUAUAGCAGGUGUUAAGGACAGCAGUGCUGAGGAAGAAAGAGAAUACCUUCUGAAAGAAGAUGUGCGAGCAGAACCUGCCAAAACGGAGUUAUAUCCUUGGAACAGACUCAUCAAUAUGUACAAGCAGCGCCGGAGGCUUUCUUCUUCUAAACGGUCCCAUGUCCAGCGUGUUCCAGCUCAGCCACUUAUUGAAGAGGAAGCCACAUUGGACCUAGUGGUAUAUGGAAUCGCAGAACCUAAAGCUCAUGUCACCUUAUCAAAUUCUGCCAAGAUUCCCAGUGUCUGUGGGUUUCGUGAAAAUGAGGCCAGAGAAAUGGUUGAUGAUUGUGAGAUAGCUCAUAGAGAUUUUGGAUCAAAUGAUCCUGGAAGCUUGGAGCAUCAUAAGAAUGUGUACUAAGAAGGUGCUGCUGAACUCAGCCUGAAAUCUGUUAUUGUCCCCACUCUGCUAACAGGAAGAGGAUCUACUGAGAAUUCGUACCUGUAAUCUGCCAGUACUGGUUUUGAAUUCUUUUCUUGUUUUUGUGGGUUCUUUAACACCCACAAAACCUGUUACCACAAAACCUAUUUAUUGUUGUCCAAGGAAUAGCCCGGUAAAGCCAACAGAGGUAUAUUUGAGGCUGACACGUUAUUCUGGUUUAUGCUCCCUAAAACA